AUUUUUGUCCCUCUCGGCCUGCCGUACGUGACGUACCAAGUGGGAGGGCUCUGCCGCUUCGCUCAUGACUACACUGAAAGUUUGCGGAAGUUUUUACAGCUGAAGUUGAAGCCAACUAUCAGAAGGAGAAACCCUGAAAGAACCGUGGUUUUUUCGCUUUACUUAAAUAGAUGGACCUCAGUUCAGAGAAAGUACAGCGGAUCCUCUCCAAGAUGUUUGUCUUUCCUGUCCGUGAUAUUAGUACAAAUUCCAUGAUGUUGCUGUUGAGGAGUUGCAGAAAAUCCACAGAAUCUACCCUGGGAUGAAACCUUCCACAGGCACAUACACAUUCAGUGACAGCACACAGAAAGAUCUCCUGAAAUUAGUUGGCAACAUCCCUGUCCAGUAUGAAGGCCGCUCCUACAACUUCCCCAUUCAGCUGUGGCUGAUGGACUCAUUCCCCUUCACUCCCCCCAUAUGCCUCUUGAGGCCGACCCCUAACAUGGUCAUCAGAGAGGGCAAGCAUGUUGACCCCAGGGGGCGGAUCUAUCUGCCAGGUCUACACAACUGGGAUUAUCCCAAGUCGUCCGUGGUGGUUCUUCUGACUGAGAUGAUUGCCAAGUUUGAGGAGGAUCCCCCUCUGUCCUCAAAGACCACAGGAGAAAACAAAGAUCCCCACUCGCUUCUGGCAUUUGUCUCUAAUCUCCAGAUCAAUGAUGGUGGAGUCAGACACCAUGAUCAAACUAUCAACAAAGUCUCAGUUAUUGGGGGAGGGGAUUUAGGAAUGGCUUCUGUGAUGAGCAUUUUGGCUAAGUGUCAAGUGGAUAAACUGGUUUUCAUUGAUGUUGCCGAGAGUUCCACCAAAGGUGGCAGUACUGAUCUGGAGAUUUUCAGUCUGCCGAAGGUUGAGGUGUCCAGAGAUUUGUCAGCCUCUGCAGGCUCCAGAGUUGUUGUGGUGACUGCAAAUGCAUGGAGCAGUGAACAAUCGUAUGUCAGUGUGGUUCAGACUAACGUGGACUUGUACAGGGGAAUCAUCCCAAAUCUGGCACGACUCAGCCCUAACGCUGUGAUGCUCAUCGCCUCACAACCAGUUGACAUCAUGACCCAUGUCGCUUGGAGGCAGAGUUGUUUACCUCCGACACGGGUGAUUGGAGCCGGUUGUAACCUGGACUCAGAGCGACUCAGUCGCGUUCUGGAUAUAAACCUGAACACCCACAAACUAGCCUGGGUCAUAGGAGAACUUUCAGACAACAAAGUUCCCGUGAUGAGUAACACCGGGCUGAGCUCCGAUGUGCAGCCAGAUAUCACCCCAGGAUCCAGCAGCGCUAAACCAUUGUUAGACAGAGCGUUUGAGAUUAUGAAGAAUCGAGGCCAGCGGUCGUGGUCUGUGGGUCUGUCCAUUGCUGACAUCACAAACAGUAUCCUGACAAAUAAAAUGAAGACCCACUCUGUCUCUACAUUGGCUCAGGGCUGGGGUGGUAUAGGUGCAGAGGUGUUCCUCAGCCUGCCGUGCAUUCUGGGAUCGAACGGUUCCACACGCCUGGCCGGAGUGUCACUGGCACAGGAAGAAGACUCCAAACUGAGGGACAGCGUCACGUCGCUUUCCAACCUCAUCAGUCAACUCAGGGUAUAAAAGGAUACGAUUGCACCAUGUGGCUUUACUGCUCGGUCGGGGAGUAGCUGCGGCCGCCUGACAGGUCAGGUCUCUGCUCAGCACACCCUCAGCACACGGACAGUGCCUACAAUGAAGUUGAAUGCUUUUUCACUGGGAUUUUGAAGUUAUGGACAGGAUUUCUGCCUUAAAUAUGUGCAAUUUAAUCAUAACAUUUGUUCCUCCAUGGUCCUGUGUAUUAAAUGUGGGUGAAAAAAAUCUGAAAUAUGAAUGUACAAAUUGCAUUUUUUGUAUUUAAAUUCAUCAGGACAAUGAGAAGUUACUCAUUUUGUCCCAUACAAAAUUUGCACUUUAGAACAUGUUGCAUGAAUGUCCGGUUAUAGUUUUUUAAAAGCCAUAAAAUUCUAUGCAAAGCAUUUUAAGAAUAACAAUGCCUGUAGUUUUCAACAACCAUAUUUUUGUCAAUAACAGCUCAAGUUGUACGUGAUAAUGUAACUAUCGUUAUUUUUUUCUACUAAGUGGUUACUAAUGCCUUUGGAGAAAAUCAGGGUGUAGGUGGAUAAAGUAUGAAGCAUGUCUAUUUUAUGCAGAACAUGGUGCUGGGAGUGAAACAAUAGAUUAUGUCACUGAUGAAGUACAGCUUGUAUAUUUUCAUAGCCUUAUUUUCAGCCUUAGUGCUGUUUCCAUAUUUAAUGACAAAGCUUUUAAAAUGCCUUAAUAUUUAAACAGCCUUUCCUCUUACUUUUGUUUACUUUGUUUAAAGACAUUGCACUACUAGAACCUAAGAUAUGUACAGGUACAGUAAAACUACAUGAUUUUGUGGGUGUGCAAUAAAUAUCUGACACCA